UUUUCGCCAAACUCUCAAGUCCCUCCAUUUUGUUGUAUGUUGUGUGCUGUUGGCAAGAGAAGUGCAAAAAAAACUGUGUCGUUUAUAACGAUAUUCUAGCAAUGGACGGUAUGGGAGAUGUUGCAGUUGGUGUGAAGAGAGGAUCAGAUGAGUUGAUGUCAACCAGUGUCUACAACAGUGGAUCUGAAAUGAGCAGUAUCAGUGAUGUUACAGCCAAUGGGAGCGACAGUAAAUCCAAUGGGAGCGACAGUAAAAAGCUGAGAGUGGAAGACCGGAUGGAGGCCCCUCCCUCUCGUGUGCUGCACAUCAGAAAACUGCCCAAUGAAACUUCAGAAUCGGAGGUCAUUGCCCUGGGGUUACCUUUCGGGAAGGUCACAAAUAUCCUGACGCUUAAGGGGAAAAACCAGGCUUUCUUGGAGCUGGGGACAGAGGAAGCAGCAAUAACCAUGAUCAACUACUACUCUACUGUGACACCGCAUGUUCGGAACGUCCCCGUAUUCAUCCAGUACUCCAACCACAAACAACUCAAAACAGAUAGUGGAAACCAGCGGGCCCAGGCCGUCCUGCAGGCGGUGUCAGCGGUCCAAGGAGGUGGUACUCCUACGUCAGGCUCCAUUGCGGAUCUAACCGCUGCAUCAAGCCCUGUGCUCAGAAUAAUCAUUGACAACAUGUUCUACCCAGUCACUCUGGAUGUGCUGCAGCAGAUCUUCUCAAAGUUCGGCACGGUCAUGAAGAUAAUCACAUUCACCAAGAACAAUCAGUUCCAGGCUCUGCUGCAGUUCAACGACCCACCGACCGCCCAGCAAGCCAAAAUAGCCCUGGAUGGUCAGAACAUCUACAACUCGUGCUGUACGCUCCGCAUCGACUACUCCAAGCUGGUCAACCUGAACGUCAAGUACAACAACGACAAGAGCCGUGACUACACCCGGCCAGAGCUCCCCGCCGGGGACGGACAGCCUGCCAUGGACCCCAACAUGGCUGCUGCCUUCCAAGGCAAGGACUCAAACUCUCUGCUCGGUGGCCUGAGCCCGCUGAAUGCUGCUGCAGCGGCGGCUGCUGCUGCAGGGAGGGUAGCUCUGUCUGGUCACUCUGGCUCCAGCGGCGUGCUCCUGGCCUCCAACCUCAACGAAGAGAUGGUUACGCCCCAAAGUCUGUUUACUCUCUUCGGGGUGUAUGGCGAUGCCCAGAGGGUGAAGAUCCUCUACAAUAAGAAAGACAGUGCUCUGAUACAGAUGGCUGAUGCCAACCAAGCCCAGCUAGCUAUGAGUCACCUGAAUGGGCAGAAGAUGCAUGGGAAAGCCAUCAGGGUGGCUCUGUCUAAGCACACCUCAGUGCAGCUGCCCAGAGAUGGACUGGAUGACCAGGGCCUCACCAAAGACUUCACUAACUCGCCCCUGCACCGCUUCAAGAAGCCCGGCUCCAAGAACUUUCAGAACAUUUUCCCUCCCACCACUACUCUUCACCUCUCCAACAUCCCAACGGACGUAACCGAGGAAGACCUCCGACUGCUGUUCUCCAACGCCGGGGGAACUGUGAACGCUUUCAAGUUCUUUCAGGAUCACAAAAUGGCGCUGCUCCAGAUGUCGACGGUGGAAGAGGCCAUCCAGGGUCUGAUCGACCUCCACAAUUACAACAUGGGUGACAACCAUCACCUGAGAGUCUCCUUCUCCAAAUCCACCAUCUAAACCGGCAUAACGAUCCUCCACAACAUCGCUUUCUGUUUUUUCCCUAGCAGAUUUUGGCUGGCAUUUGUUAACCCCGUUGACUCGUUCCAGACGCUUGAGGACCACAUUUUGACUUUAUUGUUUCAAAGUGUUAUCAGUCAUUCCUUCAGAGAGAACCAGAAACUCAAAUCGGGGAGAAGAAAUUGUUGUACUUCUAUGUUUUGAGGACAUUUUAAACCCCUUCACCUGAUUCCCGACCCCUGUGUUAGUCCCAUACCCCCUGACCCUGACCCCUGUGUUAACCCCCUGACCCCUGUGUUAACCCCCUGACCCCUGUGUUAACCCCCUGACCCCUGUGUUAACCCCCUGACCCCUGUGUUAACCCCCUGACCCCUGUGUUAACCCCCUGACCCCUGUGUUAACCCCCUGACCCCUGUGUUAACCCCCUGACCCCUGUGUUAACCCCCUGACCCCUGUGUUAACCCCAUACCCCCUGACCCCUGUGUUAACCCCAUACCCCCUGACCCCUGUGUUAACCCCCUGAUCCCUGUGUUAACCCCAUACCCCCUGACCCCUGUGUUAACCCCAUACCCCCUGACCCCCUGUGUUAACCCCAUACCCCCUGACCCCCUGUGUUAACCCCAUACCCCCUGACCCCUGUGUUAACCCCAUACCCCCUGACCCCUGUGUUAACCCCAUACCCCCUGACCCCUGUGUUAACCCCAUACCCCCUGAUCCUGACCCCUGUGUUAACCCCAUACCCCCUGAUCCUGACCCCUGUGUUAAUCCUAUAACCCAUUUGUAUGAUCAGCAAACUAUUUGCCUUUUCUACCUUCUCAUUACGAAGGGUGGAUGAAUGGACAUGGGCGCCUCUUUUGACUAUGAUUAGUUCUACAAGAUAUGUGCCUUACCAGACUAUCAAUUAUUUUUUACAUCCAAAUAUUGACAUGAAUCCCUGUCUGAUUUUGAGGCACAUUAAUUUUGAUGUGAAAUUUAACAUGAUUUGUCUCUUCUCCCGUGUCACUGUGUAGUUUGUAUGUUUCUGCCACCCAAGUUUUGCCUUUUUCAGUUGCUGUUCAAUUUGUGGAGGUUUUUUUUUCUCUCCUUUUUUUUGGUUAAAUUCACUGCGGUUGUUGUGGAGUGGGGAACAAUAUGAGAUUGAAGUUGAGUAUUUUAUUUUAGAUAAUUUAGACCACGUUGCUUGAACGCUUCUUGUAGACAAACAACGAACAAUACUGAUUUAACCCUAGUUUAUUUUCCCCGUUUUUUUUAUUUUAUUUAAUUUUUUUAGUUUACACAUUUUACUAAAAUAGUCUUAAUGUGCGAUUUAUAGGUUUUUACUUCCCUUGUUUUUCAUCACAUUCAUGUACACAUGGGUAAGAGGUGAGUGGUUUUCUAAGCUUCUACUGCCUGCUCUCUCUAGUUCUUGGAAUAAAACAUAUAUUUGUAAUACUUUACUAAUUUGAACUGCACUUAACUGUCACAAUAUCGUCAUUACACACGACACAAAGCAAAUGUCAUGACAAUAUUAGGACUGUUUUGUGACAUACAGUUUCAAAUAAAGUGAUACCAAAACUCCGCUGUUGCAUGUGUUGGAAGGAGGUUAGCGAACUAGAACCUGUUGUGACGUCAACGUGUUGCUGUUAGAGGAGGGACAACCCUGGUUGGGACCAAAGUUUGUGCCUUUUUUAGUCUUUUUCAUUUACAGUUGUAUCACAAAGGAAAUGAAUCAACAUUUGAAUGAACCUCUCUGAUAUACAAAAUAUAUCUGUGAGGAGAAAAAAAAAAUAAGAUAAGGUACAGGACCUGAUUCAUUAUCAACGACAUUAAUUCCUUAUACAGUUAUUUUAAGCAGACCUACAUAUAAUACCCGCUAUGGUUUGUAAGAGUCCCACAACCUCAAUUUGCUGGAUAAACGUAUCUAGAAAUGUAUGUUUUCAAGAGGGAAAAAGUCGCGUAUAUUUUCUAUAUUAGUUUAAUUUUUACAUCUCUGGAAAUGUAAGAUUCAGAUAUAGUUUGGAAGCGGCACAAUUAAAAUAAUUUUCUAACGGGAGAUUUGGUCGGACUUGUUUUAGAUGUUUCUCUUCUAUCGUGUGUGUGUUCUGCUUUUCCUCUGUAGCAUGUUCAAUAAACUUCUGUAGCUCUGUAUUCA